GAAACGUUCAGCACGAAAUAACUCCCGCGUCCCCUCUCACUUAAACAAGGAGUACAAACUGAUGCUUCUCUCCGCCGGCAUUUUGAUAGAAAGCGGCAUAAUCUCUCCGGUCGAUCUCCUGCUGUCCUGCAUUUCGGUUUCUAUUUGGCGGUGAAAUCACCGCCUAGGUUGUGGCUUUAGAAAGAUAUUUGAAUAUUCAAAAAUGUUGCAAUGGAUGGGCGGAUCUCGGCGGAAAGUGACUUCCACAAGAAUGUCAACGCAGAAAAGGCAAAAACACUACUUUGAGCAGAAAAGGCGGCAACAGCAAGCGACCGGAGGGAGGAAAGAUUCUGAGGAGCACAAUAUCCAUGGGCAGCAUGCUGAAAAUAGUAGAUCUCUGGAUAUUCUAAGUUUUCAGAACUUAUCAACUGUUGUGCAACAGAACAAGUCAAAUUACCCUUUAGGAAACGAUGAAACAGAGCACCGUGCUCUGAACUAUCAAGCACUCAAGUGUCCACAAUCAAUACAAUGUUUUCAAGCUAACAAAUUCACACCUUCCGGCCCCUCUGAAGCUGAGGAAGCAAGACUUUCAUCAAGCUAUCAACCAGGCAGUUCAUACACAAAGACGAUGUUGGUUAGCACUUCUGGUAAAGAUGCAAGAACUUUCAACUCAGAUGAUGACAAGAUAAAUCAUAUAAAAAUGGUCCCAGGGUAUCAAGAAAAGAAAGAAGGGAUGCCAGAAGCAAAAUUUGGAGUCAAAACCAUCCAAUCGUUGUAUUCAAAACUAGGUAUGAUGGACAUACUUGGAGAUGAUGAACCAAAUCUCCAUACUGGUUCAAGUUUAGAACAUGAAGCUCAUGCUGCAUUUUCAAUUGAAGGUGUUGGUAGAGUGGAAAUGGAGACUCCAGUUCAUACGCCAGUUCGUGCACCAGAGGUGCAUGGCAGAAACUUCUUGCAUGGUUGCUCUCCACCAUCAAAAGCUAUGAGGCCUGCUGACUCGUUCAACCUUAACAGCGAGCUGGUUAACCUUGAAUUUGAAUUGGAUGCUAUGAUGCAGGAAGUUGAUGUGCCCUUAUGUAAAAGUUCUGUGGAGCACUCUUUCUGUUCAAAGGACAUAUUGGGUUCUUUCAGCAAGCCAAAGCAAGAUUUGUUGGACACCAGAGAAUUCUCAAUAUUUGAUGACAAUGAUAAUGGUUUUACUGAUCUUUUUCAGAAUGAUGAACCAUUCUUCCACAAAACAGAGAGAAAUAGGCACAGUUGGGAUGCAACCUGUAGGCCUGUAACUGGCAAAAUUCUUGACGAGAGUGCUUUUGGUUCAUCUUGCAACAUUUGGAUGGAUCAAGAAGAUGCUUCUGAUGAUUAUUAUACCAUGGACUGCAGGAGUGAAGAAUUUACUUUUCAAGGCUCUUAUCGACAGAAGAGCAGGACUACAAUGAGAAAAUCAAAGAGACUCGGACAUAGAGAUUCACCUGAGCUAUAUGUGAAGCGCCAGAACUCAGAGAACUUUCAUGAUUCCACAAUUCCGGAGAUGACAUGGAGAUCUCCAGUUCACAGAGACCAUGAUGUUGGUGAUAUUGAUUACCAACCCACAUGGUCAUGCUUCAAAACUGAAGAUACAAGAGACAAUUUGAGUUUGCUGAGUGAGGAGUCAUGCUCGUCGAGCGCAGUGGGGGGUGUAUCGAAGAAAGGCACAUUGAACUCAACUGAGAAACAGACACCGAAAAGUGCUGAUUUUGGUUGCUCAGAGAACAUCUGUGGUGAAAACAUUAUGUAUGGCAGAGUAAAAACCUGCAAUAAGUUGGAGAUUAACCAGCAAGGGGACAACACAAAUGAGCAAGGAAAGCUUACUAGGAUUUCAAAUUCAUCAAGAUCGCAACCAGCUGAUAACUCAAAAAUGACUUCUGAGAAGAGGUUGAAAUCAGAGAAUGGCCGAUUGUUUGAGGAAGCAUAUGAUCCUGGCAAGACAAUUUCACGUCAUAAUCCUUAUCCCAGGACAUAUGAUACAAAUCCAAGCUCCAGACUUUGGAUUGAAGAUCUCUUUGGCACAUCCGGAGGUACCAAUGUGCAUGCUGAUUGCUCACCUUGUUGCAACCUGACAUCAGAAGAACAUGAUUCCCACCAACGUAAGUUGGAAAAAGUUACGCCAGUGUCAAGUAUGCUAAAUUUUUCUGAGCACUGCAAUAGGGGGUAUAAACCUCAGAAGUCAAUGCAUGGUCACAGUUUUCCAGAAUCAGAACUGCAAAGCAUUACCAGGGAGGAAGAUGAACAUUCUGAUCUCCCUGUAUCUGAACAUGGAAAACUGGAGCAUUGGAGAGAGCGUUCCCGCUGCAGAAAAAGCUUAUUCUCAGGAUGUGGGAAGUUUAUCUAUGUAGCUGAUGUGGAAGACAAGUCUAGUGAUUGCAAGGAAUCCACUACUGAGGCUUCAAAAUUAUCCUCAGGAUGUCGGAAGUGUACUUGUACGCCUGAUGAGGAAGACAAGUCUAAUAAUUGCAAGGAAUUCACUAAUGGGACUUCAAAAGCCGGAGAGAAUGUGAAAGAAACGGAUUGUCUCCAAGAUGAAGAUGCAUCACCAUCUGGGGCUACUUCAAGUAUUGAUGGCAAUUCGUCCCAUGUAGAUGCUAAAUGUCAGGUUAAUGCUCAGAGCUCUUUUUUGCAUCAAACUGGAUCCGGAGCAAAUCUGGAAGAAGGAUUUGGGCAUGAAGAAAGGACAGGAAGUGAGGAGAAAAGUAGUAUUGAGUCAACAUGCCAGGUGAUGACGCUUGAUAGCUGUGUCCUGCAACUUCUUUGCAUUCAGGUACUGAAGGAAGCAUCUGCUAAGGUAACGGGGAAGAAGGCUUGAAGCUUUGAGCAUAUUGAAUUCCUUGGCUUGUCCUGCAUUGCCCCUACAACUUUUUCUCCUGCUAAAAGUUUGUCAAGGGAUAUGUACGAUCAAUUAGAUCUCAGAUUAUUUGACAUGACUUUGCUUUGUCCACGAUACUCUCUUGCUUGAUUGGCAGUUCUUUGAUUAGUGUGAAGUGAAUGGAAAAGGAAUGGGCCGCAAGCAGAAUUUAUUUC